UUCUGUUUUCCGGCUUUUGUCUCGUCUUUUCAUGAUCUUUCUCUCUCUUCGACCGGGACACAUACACAACACGCGACACACGCACAGACACACAUUUAUAUAUAAAUCGUUUUACUAGCUCAAUCAUCAUCAUCAUCAUCAUCAUCAUCAAAAACUUCCCACAAGCCUUCUUUACUCACAAUUAAAAGAUGGAGAUGCACAGGAAUUGCGACUUGGAACUUCGCCUUCUACCUCCUCCUUAUGGUUCAAGCAGCUCUCAAAUUCCACAACCAAAGCAAGAAUCUCAGACAUUAACCAUUUUCUACAACGGGCACAUAUGUGUUUCUUCAGACCUUACCCACCUUCAGGCAAAAGCUAUACUAUCACUAGCGAGUAGAGAUAUGGAAGAGAGAUCAUUAUUAUCUAAAAGUUCAGAUGCUUCGGAUCCUCCGGUAAUCCCAAACAAUCUGACCAGGUUUCAACAUCAAAAGGCCUCCAUGAAGAGAUCUCUUCGGAGUUUUCUUCAGAAACGAAAUGUUCGGAUUCAAACAGCUAGCCCUUAUCAUCGUUCCAUGAAGAAUUAGUACUUAUUAGUUAUUAAUGUUUAUAACGAGAAAACAAAAAUUAGCUCAGUCUUUUUUUUUCUGUGACAUUAUCCAAUUAAAUGGACUGUUUAUCAGUGUGUUACUGAUGGAUUAUGUGGAUCCUUGAUUAGCAUAAGAGUUUUAAAGUUUCAGUUUUACAGAUGAACUUAAUUGUCUAAUAUAUAGUUAUUAUGCCAAAUUUAAACCAACUAAAAGUAGGCAUAUUUUCCAUUCGGAAGUAUAAACUGAAAAUAAGGAUG